GUUUGGGUCUCCAACCAAACAGGCGCUUAGUCUAAUUCGAUGGACAACUAGGUCUCGCAGGCCCGCUCGCUCGUCUUCCUACUCGCGCCAGCGCCGCCACCGCUGCCGAACGCCCCGGCCCCCUAGCUCGUCUUCCUCCACCGUAGGUUGAUCUCCCUUCUCUCUCCCGACCGUUUCUCCUCCCAUCACCCUGCGAACGGAUUCCCUUUAGCUCCCCGUUUCAUCUUCCCCAAUUCAUAACUGAGGCGAAAAUCAAGGGGGCGGCCGCCCUACCUUGCCCUACCGGGUCCUCCGCCCGUGAUGGUGCCACACCAAGAAGUCGUCGAAGGGCCGCAGCCUAUGGAAGAAUCUGUGUCAGCAGUUGACAACGAAAGCAUACCUGAUGCCUCAACUUCCAGAUUUACGUGGAAGAUUGAAAAUAUUUCCAAACUCAAUGGUAAAAAGACCUCUGAUGUUUUUGUAGUUGGAGGGCACAGCUGGAGAGUGUUGGUUUUCCCGAAGGGAAACAAUGCAGAGGGCCUUUCGAUGUACCUGGAUGUUGCUGAUGCAAAUUUGCUACCUCCUGGCUGGAGUAGGUCUGCACAAUUCAGCCUUGCUGUAAUCAACCAAUUAGACAGCAAACAGUCGUUAAGAAAAGAAGCAACACAUAAUUUUAACUAUCGAGCAAGUGAUUGGGGUUUCACUUCUUUUAUGUCUUUAAUGGAUCUAUAUGAUGCUAGUAAAGGAUAUGUUGUGAAUGAUCAAUGCAUCAUUGAAGCUGAGGUCGCUGUACGUAAAGUUAUCGAUUACUGGAAUUAUGACUCCAAGAAGGAGACUGGUUAUGUUGGUCUCAAGAAUCAAGGAGCCACCUGUUACAUGAAUUCACUUCUCCAGACACUUUAUCAUAUUCCCUACUUUCGAAAGGCUGUAUACCAAAUGCCUACCGUCGAUACACCUUCAGGGAGCAUUCCCUUGGCUUUGCAAAGUCUUUUCUACAAACUUCAGUACGGCGACAGUAGUAUUUCCACAAAAGAGCUUACAAAAUCUUUUGGAUGGGAUUCCUAUGAUUCGUUCAUGCAGCACGAUGUCCAAGAGUUGAAUCGUGUUCUUUGUGAAAAGCUGGAAGAUAAAAUGAAGGGAACUAUCGUGGAAGGAGCAAUACAGAAAUUAUUUGAAGGUCACCAUAUGAAUUAUAUUGAGUGCAUUAGUGUUGACUACAAAUCUACUAGAAAAGAGUCAUUCUAUGAUCUCGCACUUGAUGUCAAGGGUUGCUCAGAUGUUUAUGCAUCAUUUGAUAAGUAUGUAGCUGUAGAGAGGUUGGAAGGUGAUAAUAAGUAUCAAUCUGAGAAGCACGGUCUUCAGGAUGCCAAGAAGGGGAUGCUUUUUACUGACUUCCCUCCAGUUUUGCAACUUCAACUAAAGCGGUUUGAAUAUGAUUGUGUGCGGGAUACAAUGGUUAAGAUAAAUGAUCGAUACGAGUUCCCACUUCAGCUGGAUCUUGACAGAGAUGACAGGAAAUAUCUCUCUCCAGAAGCUGAUAAGAAUGUGCGUAACCUCUAUACUCUUCACAGUGUACAAGUUCACAGUGGCGGAGUUAAUGGUGGACACUACUAUGCCUUUAUUCGCCCAACCCUUUCCAAUCAAUGGUACAAGUUUGAUGAUGAACGAGUGACGAAAGAAGAAAUGAAACAUGCAUUAGAGGAGCAGUAUGGUGGCGAAGAAGAGCUCCCCCAUACUAAUCCUGGAUUGAAUAAAACACCGCUUAGAUUUACCAAAUAUUCAAAUGCUUACAUGCUUGUGUACAUACGUGAAAGUGACAGAGAGAAAAUUAUUUGUGAUUUGGAUGAAAAAGACAUAUCUGAACAUCUUAAGACUAGGCUAAGAAAAGAAAACGAAGAGAAGGAAUAUAAGAAAAAAGAGAAAGCUGAGGCUCACAUGUUCACUGCAUUGAAGAUUGCCCGAGAUAACAAUUUGGCAGAGCAAAUAGGAAGACACACAUUUUUUGAUCUCGUGGAUUAUGAAAAAAUUCACAGCUUCCGUGUAUGUAAUGACUGGGCGUUCAAUCAGGUCAAGGAGGAGUUAUCAAAAGAAUUUGGUAUCCCGGUACAGUCCCAGAGAUUUUGGUUGUGGGCUAAGCGGCGGAACAAUACUUACAGGCCCUUUCGGCCAUUGAGUCAACAGGAGGAAGCAUAUAAUGUUGGGCAACUAAAAGACAUACCAAACAUAUUAGAGAAUUCUGCACUGAGGUUGUACAUGGAGGAGUUUGUACAGGAAAAUCAUUUAACUCUUCCCGUAAACUCAAAGGAAGAUAUAUUACUGUUCUUCAAACUCUAUGAUCCUGACAAGGAAGAGCUAAGAUAUGUUGGGAGUCUAUUCCUGAAAGCAUCACUGAAGCCAUCUGAUAUAGUGCAAAGAUUGAAUGAUAUGGCAAGAUUUCAGCUUGAUGAAGAUAUUGAACUGUAUGAGGAAAUAAAGUUUCAUCCUGAUGUGAUGUGCGAACCAGUUGACACUGAUAUUUCCUUCAGUUCGAGCCAGCUUGAAAAUGGUGACAUAAUAUGCUACCAAAAACGUGCUUCUCUGGAUAAAAUGGACCAAGACCGCCAUCCCAAUGUGCCAUCUUUCUUUGAAUAUAUACAUAAUAGACUGGUUGUGCAUUUCAGAUUACUUGAUAAGCCAAAAGAAGACGACUUCACUCUGGAGCUUUCAAAACGUUCCACAUAUGAUGAUGUUGUUGAGAAAGUUGCUCAUCACCUUGGUCUGGAUGAUCCUUCAAAACUGCGCCUGACACCGCACAACCCGUACGCAGAGCAGCCCAAGCCUCAAUAUAUCAAAUACAGAAGUCUUGAUCACCUUCUGGACAUGCUACGUCACUUCAAUCAGAUCUGUGAUGUCUUAUAUUACGAGAUACUGGACAUUCCUUUGCCAGAAUUGCAAACUCUGAGGACGUUGACAGUUUCUUUUCACCAUGCUACAGGCAAUGAGGUGCCAAUUCUCUCUGUACGAUUGCCAAAAAGCAACCCUCUUCAUAGUCUAAUUGAACAUGUAAAAUCUAAGGUUGAGCUGUCUAGAAGUGAUGCCGAACUCCGGUUAUUUCAGGUCUACCAUAACAAGAUAUCUAAGGUGUAUCAGCCUGGUGAGAAAAUAGAUUCAGUUAAUGAUCAUAAUGGACCUCUUCAUGUUGAGGAGAUUCCUGAAGAGGAGAACAAUGCUGGUCCUCGAGACCGCUUGGUUCAUGUCUUCCACUUCUUCAAAGAUUUGCAGCACAUUCAAUACUAUGGAGAUCCUUUCUUCUUCCUUCUUCGUGAUGGCGAGACUUUGUCGGCUGUCAAAGUGCGCAUUCAGAAGAAAUUUCAAGUCCCUGAAGAGCAGUUUCUCAAGUGGAAGUUUGCUCAUUUUGCCUACAAUCGCCAAGAAUACCUCCAAGAUUCAGAUAUUGUAUUGAGCCGCUUCCAGAAGAAUGUUUACGGAGCAUGGGAACAUUCCCUAGGAAUGGAGCACUCGGACAUGAUCCCCAAAAAAACGUACAUCGCUAAUCAGAACCGCCAUUCUUUUGAGAAGCCAGUGAAGAUCUACAACUAAAGAUGGUGAUAUUUUAACUUCUGUGUGGUCUAUCCUUCAGUUCUCACCUAGCAGUUAGUGGAAAUGAAGGACCAAGAAAUUGAACCAUAUCCUGCAGAUGAAACGGGUACAGAUAGCUGGCCGAGGGGCUCUUGUUCUAGUGCAGUCAUUGUGUUUUGGUCAUGAACAUGCAGGCGCCUUUUUUGCAUACAGCCGACCUGUUUUGGCGUGUUAAAGGAAAAAUUUCCAUUUUGUUGGUUGUACAGGGUUCUGUAGUUGCCUUCUAAUAGAUCAGUUUGAGUGAUGUUUCGCUUUGCAGCAUGUCGAUUUCGACUAAACAGACCUCGAGGCGAAACUAUUUCACACAAUGAACUCGUCGUGAAAAUAUUUCACAAAUCUAA